AAAGAGUAAACGUCGUCUUGCUACAUAUUGUCCUCGACCAUACAUUCGUCUAUAUAUUCAUCAUUCCCUUUCUUUCUUCCGUCUCGUUUGUAUAUAUGUUUUUUUGCUUUUCUCGUCAGCUGUUAUACAUAUGGUAUCUAGUCAUCCUUUUCCUGACCUACUUCUUUUUGAUCUAUAUUGUCAUUGUAAGAAGAAAGGUGAAUAGCCUUCUCUCUUUGUUGCUCAUUGUCUAGUAUGAAAAAAAUAAAUAAAAAUGAAACUGAAACAUUUCAGACGUAUUAGAAGGUCACCCUAAUUAGAAGGCCAUGGAAAAAAGUAAUAAUGUGCCGAGACACUGUAUAAGGGCAUGGCUUUUUAUGCUGGGGAGGGGGGCUUACAUCACUAUUUCUCGUGCAGCGAUUACCAGGAAAGAGUUUUACCCUUAGAUCUUCAGGUAUACGCGGACAAGCUUUUUCCAUUGUUUUAUAUGUUCACUAUUCCUUUUUAUUAAUUCUAGUGUCAUACAUUUGAACAACGUCUCUGGAAACUGUUACCUGUUGUAAUCGGUCCAUAUUCAAUUUUAAUGCCAAUGGCAAUGGUAUUUCCUGGAUGUACAUUAGAAGGUAAUAAUGUCAUACAUCCAUGUACAUUAAUUAUGAAAAAUGAUCACUUACCAAUAAAUACACAAUGGCACGGUUGUCCAGCAACAAUGACACUUCAUACCGCAGAAGAACGUUAG